UGUAUUAGUAUAGUAUAAUACCUAUUUAUGGAUUACAUCUGAAGGCUGAUAUGAGCAACCAAAAAAGAAGAUGUAUUUGGUGACUUUCUUGGGUGUGAAUCUGUCUUUUUAGUUUACUCCUCCUGGUAUAAAAACAAAGCGUAGGAAUAUGGGAGGCUUGGAUCAACACAACUGGUUUGUUGGAAAAUAUGCCACGCAUAUCAGAGCCAAGAAGUGGUUUUGGCCAAUAUUCACAUGCCUGAUUGACAUGGCAUUAGUAAAUUCAUGGCUUCUCUAGAAAUGAGGUUAAUCUAUUUAUAAUUUUGAGUCAGAGGAAAUAGAAACAAAAAAGUUUUAUUUAAUUUUGCAUUUUCAACUUACUAUGGAAGCAAUAUUUCACGAAAAGCAAGAGGGUUCUCUAUGUGCUCAACACUGCUUGAAUUCAUUAUUACAAGGAUCAUAUUUUACAGCUGUAGAUCUAAGUACUUUAGCCGAAAAGUUAGAUGAUGAGGAAAGACAACGGAUGGCAGAAUGUGGCGAAGAAAGCGAAGAAUAUCACAAAUUUCUUCAGCAGCCUUCAGGAAACAUGGAUGAUAGUGGAUACUUUUCUGUACAAGUAAUUAGUAGUGCCCUUCAAGUAUGGAAUUUAGAAUUAGUGCCUUACUCUAGUACAGACCAAAGACUCAAUAGUGAUCCAAGCAAAAUGACAGCUUUCAUAUGUAACUUCAGAGAUCAUUGGUUUACUAUACGAAAAAUUAGUAAUUAUUGGUUUAAUCUUAACUCUCUUCUCUCCAGACCAGAACCGAUUUCUGAUACUUAUCUUGCUUUGUUUCUAGCCCAAUUAAAGAAUGAUAGUUAUUCUAUAUUUGCUGUACUUGGAGAACUGCCACAAUGCACUGCCGAAGAAGCAUUAAAAAAUAAAUCACUUGUAAAUGAUCCUCCACCAAGACCUCCGUUAAGAAAUAUUUCUUCAGUUGAAAGUGAUCCCGACCUGAGAGCAGCGCUGGAAUUAAGCAUUGCUGAUGAAAUUAAUUUUAUUUCCCAGUCUCAAGAAUCUGAGGAUAAUGACCUGCCAGAAGCUUUAAGGUUAAGUAUGCAAGGUUUUCCGACAACUUCCGAAGAAGACGAUGAAGAAACGCUACUAAGAAAAGCCAUUAAUAUGAGUUUACAGUGUUAGUUAUGGUUAAUUUUAUUGUGACGAUAUGUUUUGUAAAUAAUAUAAAUAAUAUUUUGUUGGAUAGUAACUUGAAUCAUUAAAUUAUUUUUAUACAU